UAGCAUCUGAAAAGGGAUUAGAGCAUAAAUGGCCACAGGAAUGCGGACCAGGAUGAAAUGAGAAAACUUGACAAGUUCCUGACAAACAGUCUUGCUCGGAGCAGAUGAAAUCCUUCAUCAGUGUUCGCCAGUGAAGAUACCACAUUUAAAUGGAAAGAUUGGACUUUUAUACCCUAAUGUGGUUGUUCAGGUCAAACACAACUCCGGUAUUCGUACCGACGGACGAAUGCAAACAAAGUCAGAUUGUGAUGCGGGACUACUAUAGCCCGAUGAUCUACUUUGCAAUGGCCUUCUACAUCUUCAUGUGUUUCUUCACCGAACGGCGCUCCUUCCUACGCGGACAAGUUCAGACACCGAAACAUCCAAACAAGCGAUUGUCAAUCAGCACCAGGAUCGUCAACUACUUCAAGCGAUAUCCUGGACUACCCAUUCCAAUGAACAUGUUACAGUAUCGGCAUUCAACAGUAGCCUAUGCGGCCGAAUAUGUCUGUGCGUUCAAUCUGAUUGCCGGCAUCUUCACAAAAGUCUAUGGCAUGGCGAUGGUAUUCCCCGUGGCGCCUGUGUGGUUGGGUAUUAUGUACAAAAUUUUCGCCAUUUGCUUGGUCGCGCUUACAGCCCUACCCCCAUUCCUUUGUAUUACACACGGCGGUCUGAUCUGUUGGAUCGUGGGAAUUAUCUAUUGUGGCUUUCAAGCAGUCCUCACCGUCAUCUCAUUGAUUCGUUCCACUUGCAUGGGGCUCGAUUUUAUAACUCAAAAGGUAUCUCUUCAAUUGCCCACCCUAAUCGGUUUCACUUACUUGCUGGUAUAUUUCUGCGAAGCUGUGUGGUCACAGCGCAAGAAUUUGCGCAAUGCGAUCUGGAUUGGGAUACCGAUCAAUUUCAAGACCUACGUGCAUAAAAACGUCAGCCAUGUGCGUAAGUUGCUCUGGCCAAAAGAGACCUAUCAAAAGAGGGUUAUUGACGCACGUCAGGUGAAAGUCAAGUGCUGCGUGAAUCUCCGCACCAUCUGGAGGAGUGUGAAUUCCGAAUCCGGAGGAUUCACCUACCCGGCCGGAUUGAUUUGGAGUUUGUCGGUGAGUGUGUUGUUACAACAUUUCCUACUCACUCAGUUCCUGAGUUCUGUGUACGGAGUGUUCCGUAGAGGCAAGCGAUCCAUACAAGCCCAAUAUCUUGAUGUACCUGCGACAAUCUAUGAGAACAUCGCGGUUGAAAAUGCUCGUCGUGUGCAUCAGUAUGUCGGGACAAACGUGACAGAUCCGACAGUUUUACGAAAAAUGGAGUUUGAAUUAUUGUACUAUUGGAUAGAUGUGUUCUGGGUUUGUUUAUUGAUUGCAACCUCUUUGGCCAUGUUCACGAAUGUGACUAAUGUGUUCCGGAUUGCGGUUCACUAUCAACAGUUAUGUGUCGAUAUCUAUCAACACGGAUUCAAGAUAAUGCCUCAGUUACAAUCCUGGCUGGAUGCUUAUAAGGUGACCAGAGGGACGAUCAUCUAUCCGAGCUAUCAGGUUUCUGCCAUGGCGUGUGGAUUCUAUCUUCAAGCUUUGAUCUACACGUUCAUUUUCUUGUUCUUGGCUUUAGUUGUCAGCCUGAACGCCUUCACUCCAUUUGACUUUUUUGUGAAGUGGAUCAAAAUGUGGUGGCCAAGCCUUCUUCUCAUGACAGCAUUUGUCACUGCGCAACAACUGGCCAUCCGGUUUCUCUUCACACAACACAGAGGCAAAACAUACGGUUUCGACAACAUUCGAGCCUUACAGUUAUACACAUUCCUGUGCAGUUUCUACAACGUCUUUUUCGGAGUUGUCAGUGGUGUUGGUCGAACUUUAUACUGUCCGAUCAGUAGCGCUUUGGUUAUCUCUCGACUGGACGUGUCCCCUCUAGCUCGGCCAAUUCAGUCUCUGGAUACCGGUCACUUGGCCUUCCUGGGAUUUCUAUACAUGGAUGUGCUCAAAAAUAACCCGACAUUUCGAGUGUUUUUGUGGAUAUUGUUGGAGAGGUACACAAGUGCCGAGGAUGCUCAUUUGGAAUCUGCCCUGUUGGCUGAGGUCAAUCAGUUUUUUGCAACCAUACGGAAACCAAAUUGCUUACUGAAUGCGAAGUUCCACCAAGAACCUCGAGCUGCGACAAACAGUUUGGAACCAGAAACCAAAUCGAUGGUCCCUAAAUCUGAUGAAAAUUUGGAAAGCACUACCGGUACAUCAACCGCCAAUGAGGCGAGACGAAAACGUAGCAGAAUUCGAUGGUUCCUUGCGUACACAUUGAUAAAAAACCCCGACCUGUUGAAAUACCGUAAAAGCUGUUCAGACAGAGAGAGCGAUUGGGGAACUGCGCUUAUAUUUGAGAAGCUAGGUGGUGGUUGA